CCAGCGUUAACAGUUCAACGUAAACAAUGCGACGUUGCUUAAAAAAUGAAACUGCUCUAACGUCAGUUUAAAUGUUUUGAUCGCAAUUGUUGAGACCUCAAAAUGUAUUCACAAUAAUGGCCGUUUUAAACUCUAAAGUAUUAUGUAAACUAUUGAUUUUUUGUGUAACUAUUAUUGCUUUGAGUCAGUCGACAAGGCUGAAUGUUCCCAAGUUACUUUUGCCCAGAUCAAAUCAUAAUCAUGUCAACUUCACGUUGACAGCAGAGAAGGGAUGCUAUAAAUGGGUGUCCUCCCGACCCCAGGCAGUCGUUGUUUGGCCCCUCUCUCCUUCCAUCCCUCCCUCCAUCCUCCCUCCAUCAGCCUGUAGCCAGCAGGUCCUAGUGUCCGCCCGGCCUCUGUCCGCUCCACUGGACACUAACCGAGGGGCCAGCAUCAUACAGGGACAGGACUCUGUGACUGGCCAUACCCUGCGCUGUGAUGUCAUUGUUGACCAGAUCAAGCAGAUUCAGGUUGUCACGACGACGCGUCAACUGUUCACCGAGGACCCACCCCUCGUGCUCUCCGUCAUGGCACUGGACUCAGGAGGUUUGUGCGUUUCUCAGAGGCGGGCUACUCCCCGCCCCAUCACAUCCUGUCCCUGGAGGAAGCAGGUCAGAAAGGGGACAGUGUGUUGCUGGAGGGGGUCCGUAGCGGGGUGGUAUGGGUCAGGGCCUCCCUCUCGCACCCAGACUACAAGUGGGUAGAGCCAGCCUCUGUGAGCCUGACCGUGACAGACAGACUCUACCUUAGCCCCUCCCAUGACGCCUACCUGCUGCUAGGCUCCACCCUCUCCUUCAGAGUCUGGAAAAGCGUGCAUGACACA